GCAUCAAUAAGUCAUUAUAUGUAACUCUGGAAAAUUUUAAUAAUAUCUAUUUAUCAAGAGCAAAAAAAUGUAAAUGGCUGUAAGUUGUCGAAUUCUAUUCUGUGCUCUGAUGUGUACAGUUUGUGUUUUCAAGAUUUGUUUGACAAAAGAACUAUCAACCAGCACUGGAGAAGCAUGCAAAGAGUGGAAUCCAACGGAUAACGGCUGUUCAGAAUGCAAGGCUGGCUAUUUUGGUCCUAACUGCCUACCUUGCCGCUAUCCUAACUACGGGAAGGGUUGUCAGAUGUUUUGUAAUUGUGAAAUGGAGAAUUGCAGUUACAUCACAGGAUGUUGUAGUGUGGGGUAUUUUGGAUUGAAAUGUGAAUUACCCUGUCGAUAUCCAAACUAUGGAAAUGGUUGCCAGUCAGAGUGUUUGUGUGUUCAGCAACUUUGCGAUCACAUAAAUGGAUGUAAAGAGUGUCCACCCGGUUUCGUAGGUGAGUCAUGUCAACAAAAUUGCUCAUAUCCGCGUUAUGGUGAAAAUUGCCAGUUAGAAUGUAAAUGCAGAGAAGAACAGUGUGAUUUUGUUACUGGUUGUAAAGCGGGUAGGAAAGAAAACUGCAUAUCAACUGAAGAUGAAAAAAGAGGUUCAAACGCCAUGAUAUCCACCGCCAUAGUACUUACUUUGAUUGCAAUCAUUCAAUUUACUUUUUAUGUGUACUUUUCAAUGUUUUACAAACCCCGCUUGUUGUACAUUACAAAGUUUUGAAACGUAUAAAUGUUGAUGUUGAUACAUGAUUAUUUUAAAUGAAUUAAGUUACUGCUUUUGA